CAGAUCUCCAUUGCGUCCCAUGUCGCGCAUCCUUGCUCGGGAAGCGUGGCUUCAACUAUGGUCUCGGAUGGCGCCGAGAUAGUGUACCUAGUGGUGUUAGUGAGGCAUAUCAACACCUCACUCGAUAUAUAUCUCUCAGCUCUAUCAACCCAACAACGUCAAUUCAAACCUCUUUAUCUUUAAUCCUCUUUCGCCCUUGCAUCCUCGUCCCAACAUGGAUCACUCCUCACAUGAGCACCACCACAUGAUGGACCACUCGUCCCAUGGCGGGAUGGAUCACGGCGACAACAGUCAUAUGUGCAGCAUGAAUAUGCUCUUCACCUGGUCGACCGACAACCUCUGCAUCGUCUUCCGCCAAUGGCACAUCACAUCCACGCUGAGUCUUGUUAUCUCCCUGAUCGGCAUCGUAGCCAUCUCGGCUGGCUACGAGGCUGUGCGUGAGGGGAUCCGGCGGUACGAGGCCUCGGUGGCCAGAAGGGCUGAGACGGCGCCGCUACCUACUACUGCUGAAGACACUGUUACUGAGACUACCCCCUUUCUUGCGACCCCUGCAGGCCAAACCCGGGACGAGGUGACGCGACGGGCGCAUGUCGUCAAGUCCGUCCUGUAUGGAUUUCAGAACUUUUACGCAUUUAUGAUAAUGCUCAUCUUCAUGACCUACAACGGGUGGGUCAUGAUCGCCGUAUCUGUGGGUGCCGGACUGGGCUAUCUGGUGUUUGGCGCGCGGACUACUGUCGUCAAGGAAACAGCCUGUCACUAAAUGGCAUGUCACGGGUUGAGGGGAUUGGGCGUUCGUAUAUAUCGGAUAGUACCCAGACCAUGAAACCUGAUCCAGCCUGUCUACUGUAUCUUGUGUACUGCCGCUCUACCACCCUCAAAUAACUCCAAUUACCCACAGCACAUGCUACAUCUUACUCGCCU